UCCUGUUCUCAGUAACAAGUUAACAAUACUCGCCAAUACGAUGUGUGUUCCAGUGCAAACAUAAGUGUUUCAGAGGUGCCACCACCAGAUGGCAGAGGCACCCCACUGAAUUCAUGUUUACAGCAUUAUCUACGUGAGUUUUUUAAAAAGCCACAUAGAUGCCUUUUAGUGCUAGUCAGAAAUUACAUCUACUCAGUUCAAAAGUUUAUCAUCCCCUAUGUAAAUGUAAAGAAGACAGUACUUGGACAGUAAAGUUAUUUAUGAUGCAUUUCUCAAGUUUGAUCUAGACAUAGAGCCACAAUAAGGAAGUAAGUCCUGCAUUGUCAGAGUGCUGAGGUGAGAGAACAGACUGUACCGUAUCAGAUUGCAGGAGAGGAGAACACUCCUAUGAAGACAGAGCAUUCAGCAUGAUGAAUUCAAAAGACCUUGUCCUUCAAAAGUCAAAGACGGACCAAAUUGGCCAUCACGUUGUAAAUGUGAGCUCAGGCAAGCAUUACUUCUCUGGUUACUGUGCAGCCAUCACAAAUGUCGCCGUCACUUUCCCCCUCCAGAAAGUCCUCUUUCGUCAGCAGCUGUAUGGCGUGCGAACCAGAGACGCAGUACGUCAGCUGCAGAAAGAUGGCCUCAGAAACCUGUACCGAGGUAUUCUUCCUCCACUGAUGCAGAAGAGUACAACCCUGGCGUUAAUGUUUGGUCUGUAUGAAGACUUCUCCUCCGUUCUCCUCAGUCACGUGAGCACACCUGAGCUUUUGACCCGAAGUGUGGCAGCUGUGCUUGCUGGGACUACAGAAGCUGUUCUCACUCCCUUUGAGCGUGUCCAAGUGCUCCUUCAGGACUACAAAUAUCAUGAUAAAUUUACAAACACUUUCCAAGCCUUCAGGGUUCUUCGAGAACAUGGGAUCAGGGAGUAUUAUCGGGGGUUCGUACCCAUCCUGCUUCGAAAUGGUCCCAGCAACGCACUUUUCUUUGGCCUUAGAGGACCUAUCAAGCAGUGUUUGCCUGAAGCAACAACUUACAGAACUCAUUUGAUCAAUGAUUUUAUCUGUGGAGGGCUCUUGGGUGCUAUGCUGGGAUUCCUCUUUUUUCCACUGAACGUUGUGAAAGCCCGCAUGCAGUCGCAGAUUGGUGGGGAAUUCCAGUCUUUCUCCAAGGUCUUCAUGAAGAUUUGGCUAGAGCGUGAUAGGAAAGUGACACAGCUCUUCCGAGGAGCCCACCUCAAUUAUCACCGGUCCCUGAUCUCCUGGGGUAUCAUCAACGCAACCUAUGAGUUCUUGCUCAAGUUACUAUGAAAAGUGGAACCUUUUGUGCAUGCUCCUUUUUUCUCACUUGGACAUCAGCCAACAUUGAGCAGUCCGUUUCCAGGGCGCAAAUGAGUCAUACACAAACUUGCACUAAGUACAGUGAGCUCUGGAAUAUCUGGGAAUAUUAUUUGCAAAAUAAUAGUAGGUAAGAAUGUCAGUUGUUUGGUUCGGUGCCUACUUAGUUCAAAAUAUAAUUGCAUUCAGUCUUAUUAAUGGCCUUUAAGACUGUGGGUGCGAGUGGCAGCAGUAUGGCUGGAAUGGUGGGUUUCCUUACGUGCGAGAAUGAUAAAAGGCGGAUUAACCCACAGCUUAAUCAGCUGAUCUUUGUGUUGGCCUAUACACAGCUCGCUCCAGAUCACCUUCAGCUUCCUGUAACACUCCUGGUGAUCCAAAGAAUGCACUUUGAAGAAACGUUAACGGGACGGAAGAUGCCGUUUAAUUUCUGUUUGGCCUGCUUUGUAACAUACUGGCGGCAUGCUGUGAUAAGUGGACUUUGAGCUCCCGUGAUGCUUUUUUUCCUCUUUGAAAAGAGACUGCCAAAACUGAAAGAGAAAUCUAAACCUUAAAGAGUUCUACAGACUUGUCAAAUCACUUUUGCCAGAAAGUUGAGACAAAGGGCAUCUUGUCAAGAUUGAAUAUUUAAUUUCAGAAACUGAGUUCAAUGUAACUCCAGUGGCAGAUGUAACUAUUCAUAAACUGGGUGGCGAACGCUGACUGCUGAAGAAAAAUUGAGAAAAGCUUUAUUACCUGAAAAGCUUUACCAGUCUCCUUCGUGCUAUACAGUCACCUAACUUGUCAGUGUAGAUAUUUGCUUGUCCAGUAUACUACCAAUUGGUUGGUUGCAAGUGGGUAGGCCUCCCAGAGGGUGGUUUUCUUGUAACCAGCUUUAGAAAAUGGGGUGUAAAUUCCAAAUGACAGCAUUGAAUCAGAAUUGUUUUAAAAUCCUAUUGAUUAUAAUAGGAUUUGAAAAGCAUUUAACUCUUGCUGGAUUGUACCCUGUGUUGAUAUUUUUCUAAAAUUCUGGCUGGGCUAAUCAGUUUUCAUGUCUGGACAACUUUUGAAUGCUCUGUUUGAACAGGAUUUUGGCUGACAUCAGCAGAGGCACAUAUUGAGGUGUUAACAGCUGCCCUUUUCUGGGUAUUUUGAUGGGGUAGAAAAGGGAUCAUUUGAGCUGCUUCCCACGCUGCACAAAUACGGACAGAGCUGCUCCCUCAAGCCCUUAAUGUGCAUCCUGAGGAAGGAGGCCUGCCCACAGAAUCUGCCCUCCCUGUCUUUGCAGGAAGCAGAUUGUAUAGCUGGGAGCCCGGCCUUGUGUCUCACCUCCGCUGUGGGCAACGUGUGAAGUGGCCUGCAGCGUGAGUGGAAGAACCACAUACACACACAUGGAAAAAGAAAAAGUACAAGUCAAGAGUAGCUCUCCCAAGCAUUAUAGUUGGAGCUGAUUUUUUUUAAUGUUCAUUUAAUCAUGCUGACAAAUGUACCUGUGUAAAUUCCAGAAUUCGGGGAGGAGGGAGGGGGAUUAAAUACAGAGAGGAGAGAUGCAAUGAGGUCUCAAGAUAAAUAGUGAGACAAAAAAACAGCUCCCAAAAUAAUGCUUACCUUAUUAUGUGACUGAGGAUUUUUGUAUAAUUUUUUAAUGUCAAUAGGGUUUAAUAUUUUCCUAUUUGUACAGGAAAAUAUUUUCCUAUGUGUACAGGAAAGCUUUCCCAAGUGAACUGGUUUGUCCUCUUAAGUGUUAAAGAGUUUGUUUGUUUUUUUAAAUGUAACUAACUUUUCAGCAUCUGGACAGUACAGUUUUCACCUCGCCUAUCAUCCACAUGACAAAUUGCCCUCAAGCAGACAAUUAAUCCUGACUGAACCUUUAGCAUUUCUUGAUCCUUGUACUGUACCCACGUGUGCCGCUUAGCUUCACAGUCAGAUUGCCAAGCAAAAAAAGGAAGAAUGUUUGAUAUAUUGAAUGUUGUGAUUACAUGCAUUUAAAAAUGUCCAAUUGAAAGUUUGUUACUGGUAAAAUCAUAUUUUACCAGGG